CUCUGCUCUGUAACACGAGAAAGCACUGCAGAGAUGUUUCUUCUUUGUUUGCUCACGUAUUGUGCGCUUUCUGUUCAGGCAAAAAUGGUUAAUAACUUUUAUGAGUGUAGUAUGUAUUUUUACAAACGUACAGAACCAAUUGGGAUGGAUCAGAAUGGCAAGAAAAUCUGCCAGAUGUUGGAAUAUGGAGAUUUUAAUUAUGCUACACUUUACUCGGUUCAUCACAGAAUUCCAUUGUACAGUGCUUACAAGUUUGGGCUAAACCAAGAAUCCUCCGCUAAUGCAGGAAAGACAACUUCUCAAUGGCACAUAGAGCCACAGAUUUCUAAUAUCAAUGAAGCCAGGAUGGUCCGAGAGAAUGAGUCAGACAAAAAUAUUAUAAAGGAAAAUCAAGCCAUCAGCAGUGACUAUGAAGGAACAGGAUAUGAUCGUGGACAUCUGAACCCUAAUAGUUUCCAAUACGAUGACGCUCAUGUGGCAACAUUUACACUGACCAAUGCAGCACCUAUGGAUGCGUGCUUUAAUCGUAUCUAUUGGAAGAAUUGUGAGCGUAAUUUGCGAAAUUUUUUAACAGAUCAGCUUAGAAAGGAUAAGGAUAAUGCAGAUGUCUACCUCGUCACAGGUACUGUACCCCAUCCAAAUUUUAAAAUACCACAAACGGGAAACCCUUCAGAGUCUCAGAGGGUCACUGUGCCAUCUCAUAUCUGGACAGCUGUCUGUUAUGCACACAAAUUUGAUAAUGAGAAGUCUUUUUCAUUUGGCUACAUAGUACAAAACAAGCCGGAAUCCAGCAUUAUCCUGAAGAGUAUUUCAGACUUAAAUACUGAGUUGAGUGAACUCUAUUCAUCAAGUCACAUGUCAAUUAAAAUUUUUGUUGAUGAUUGUUUCUCUGGCAAUUUUGAAUCUGAAAAUGCUGUGAAGAUGUUUCAAAUGAAAUUACUAGUAAAACCAGAGUACCCAGAGUUAAUUAAGGAAGUUCAGAAAAAUUUUCAUACAGUCAAAAGAGUCAUUGACCGUGUCAGUGACAGCCGUCCCACUAAAUUCAACCUGAUUGGUCUGAGCGCAACACUUAGCACUGACAGUUUACACAGUUUUUCCAUUAUGGUAGAAGAUUUGAAGUAUAUGGAAAGUGCUUGUCUUAUAACUAGGGCUCCAAAUAAUAUUGUUCCUGCUAGUGAGCUCAGAAAAGGAAAUGUACUUAAGCAGUCUGAGUCUAUUGAAUGCCAGGUUGUCCCAGAGAAAUCUGUUGCUGGAUAUCAGACUGCAGUUGAUGGCUCACACUGCCAAAGUGUCUCAGACUCCAGUUCUGGUUGCAUUUGCACCACAGAAGGUAAAUCCAAGUCAUGCUGCUCUACUCCGUGCCUGUACCGGCAAGACCGAAAGGACUACUGGUGUUAUUCAGGGCAGACACUGAUAAAGUGCUUACCCCAGUAUUCACUCAUCACAUAUAAGGGAGAGAGAUGCAAAGAUAAUUAUCCUUGUGCUACAUACGGUUAUGACUACUACUGGUGUUCAAAAGUGUCAGGGUCUUGGGACUACUGCAGCCCUCCUCUGUGGAAAAGUAAGGCUAGUGAUGGGAAGUACUGCCGAAACAACCAUGCCUGUGCCAAAUAUGGUAAAAGUAACCCGUAUUGCUACACUGAUGACAAUGACAAAAAAGAGUGUUGUAUUUCUGAUGACUGUUUCUCUGCUGUGAAUGACAAAAAAUGCAAAUCUAAUCACCCAUGUGGUUACUAUGGCAAUUCAUACCUGUGGUGCUAUACUACUGAUGGAAACUGGGAUUACUGUUGUACAUUUUGUGGACAGUAGUUAGUUUACAUUGUUUAAUGUACUUAUAUAACUAUAACUAGAAUAAAGUGUACACUGUUUUAUUUCAAGUUUUAUUUUGACUGUACCUGUAACAGAUACUAACCAAGAACUACUAAGACUUACAUAACUUUCUGAAAAUAAAAGCAGCUUAAAAUGA